GCGCCGGGGAGGCGUCCCCGGGAGGCCGGCGCCAUGGGGGACCGCGGCCCCUUCCAGACGGACAUGAUCACGCUGACCCGCUUCGUGAUGGAGAAGGGGCGAGAGGCCAAGGGCACGGGCGAGCUCACCCAGCUGCUCAACUCCAUGCUGACCGCCGUCAAGGCCAUCUCUUCCGCCGUCCGGAAGGCCGGCCUGGCCAACCUCUACGGAAUCGCGGGAACGGUGAACGUGACGGGGGACGAAGUGAAGAAGCUGGACGAGCUGUCCAACGCCCUCGUCAUCAACAUGCUGCAGUCGUCCUACAGCACCUGCGUCCUCGUGUCCGAGGAGAACGAGGAGGCCAUCGUCACAGACAAGGAAAAGAGGGGAAAAUACGUGGUCUGCUUCGACCCCCUGGACGGUUCGUCCAACAUCGACUGUCUGGCCUCCAUCGGCACCAUAUUCGCCAUCUACCGCAAGACCUCGGACGACGAGCCCUCGGAGAAGGACGCCCUGCAGCCGGGACGCAACAUCGUGGCGGCGGGCUACGCGCUCUACGGCAGCGCCACCCUCGUGGCCCUGUCCACCGGCCAGGGCGUCGACUGCUUCAUGCUCGACCCGGCCCUGGGAGAAUUCGUGCUGGUGGAGAGAGACGUGAAAAUCAAGAAGAGGGGCAAGAUCUUCAGCCUGAACGAAGGGUACGCCAAGUACUUCGACGCCGCUACCAGAGACUACGUCCAGAAGAAGAAAUUUCCGGAGGACGGCAGCGCCCCGUACGGGGCCCGCUACGUGGGCUCCAUGGUGGCCGACGUCCACCGCACCCUGGUCUACGGCGGCAUCUUCCUCUACCCGGCCAACGCCAAGAGCCCCAAGGGCAAGCUGCGGCUCCUGUACGAGUGCAACCCGAUGGCCUUCAUCGUGGAGCAGGCGGGCGGCCUGGCCAGCACGGGGACGCGGCCGGUGCUGGACGUGGAGCCCGAGGCCAUCCACCAGCGCGUCCCCCUCAUCCUCGGCUCCCCCGACGACGUGGGCGACUACCUGGCCUGCGUCCGCGACCACCGGCCCCAGCCCUGA